AUGACUUCCUCGCGACCGAGCGGCACCGGCAGCACUGGCUGGCAAGAGACAGUGUCCAAUACAUCUCCGAAGCUGGUUAACGCAAUGGAGGCUGCCAGAGCCGGCGCUGCCGAAGUUGGACGCGUAGGCCGCCGCUUCCUCUACCGGAUAUGGGACUGGGAGCCUGUCAACAAUCGCACUAUUAAUGAGCCCGUGUGGUGUCUCGGCUGUUCGUACACGCUUGACAUCAAGCAGUACGGCUCGCCCUUGUCAUCGUCGUCGCUAUCCCAGCUUACAGCAGACACACCACCCUUGGAUAAGUCACAGCUUGCCGCCACGCAUCAGCACCAAGACUUUAAUGGCGUCCGGACCAUUGCCACGGCAACUUGUCUAUCAGACACCUCAAUGUCUGCAGCACCGGCAGGUUCCCAGCUGGGAUCCUUCGACACGGCCCCAGAUUCUGUAACGAGUGGUUAUGAUUCGGCUUUAGCAUACGAAGAGCCUGGGCAAGAUGGUGGAUGGCCGCCCACCUUUCUCGACGACUUCGAGUCUCGUAUAUGGAUGACGUACCGCACUGACUUUGCAUUCAUUCCGAGAUCGAGCGACCCCCAAGCGUCUUCUGCCCUGUCCUUCGCGAUGCGGAUAAAGACUACCUUUUCGGACUUGACGGGCUUCUCGUCCGAUACGGGCUGGGGGUGCAUGAUAAGGUCAGGUCAGAGCCUCCUAGCAAACGCUAUACUUAUUGCUCGCCUUGGCCGUGAAUGGAGGCGAGGUACAGACUUAGAUGCGGAAAAGGACAUCAUUGCCCUUUUUGCAGACGACCCUCGCGCCCCAUAUUCCCUACACAACUUUGUCAAAUACGGUGCCACGGCGUGUGGCAAAUACCCGGGUGAAUGGUUUGGUCCGUCGGCAACUGCACGGUGCAUACAGGCAUUGGCGGACGAGAAGCAGUCGGGCUUGCGGGUAUACUCAACCGGUGACCUACCGGAUGUUUACGAAGACAGCUUUAUGGCGGUUGCGAAUCCGGAUGGGCGCGGCUUCCAGCCAACACUGAUUCUCGUAUGCACAAGACUUGGCAUUGACAAAAUCAACCAAGUAUACGAAGAGGCCCUCAUCUCAACUCUGCAGUUACCCCAGUCAAUAGGUAUAGCCGGCGGUCGUCCUUCCUCGUCCCAUUAUUUUGUCGGCGUCCAAGGCCAACGGCUCUUCUACUUGGACCCUCAUCACCCACGGCCUGCACUUCCUUAUCGCGAAGAUCCGAGAGGAUAUACGGCAGAAGAAUUGGAUACGUGUCAUACUCGACGACUGCGACAGCUUCAUAUUGGCGACAUGGAUCCUAGUAUGCUUAUCGGGUUUCUCAUCAAGGAUGAGGACGAUUGGGACACGUGGAAAAGCUCCGUGAAGCAUGUUCAGGGCAAGUCCAUCAUCAGUGUUUCCCCGUACGACCCUGCCAGGGGGCAGGGUGGAGGGCGUGCCGAAGCCAUUGAUGAAGUAGAAACUCUAGAGAGUGAUGAUGAUGGAGAACCCGCUUUGGGAGCAUAAUGACUCAAGAAACGGGGCAUGAUGUAUUCGGAGCCUCGCUUCACUACUCAACUUCAAGCCAGUACGAGACCGACGAAAAGAGACGUUGAGGCACACACGGUAGGUGGCGGUACCGACGCUAUAUUGUACAAAGUCUUGGGCGCGUGUUAUGAUCGUCUGAUGUGACGGUAGUACACAAAACUAUCUACCGUCUCGCUUUUCUAUCACCCUUUGUGGAUUGAGGUGCAGGGGCCGCAUGAU